UUUAUAUUCCAGUGGGGUAACAUCUUUUGGGAGUGAAAAUUUAAGUAUAUUAAUUGAGUUUGUUUCUAGUAAGCAGCUACCCAUACAACAAAUUUCUAUUUUCUUUGUUUCGGGUAAUCCAAUAACUUUAAUUCCAUAAUCUUUACAUAUAAGUUUACAACCUCUACAACUCCUUAUUGGUCCUCUUUCUUGUGUUAAUACUAAAAUGAAUAUUGAUAAAAAUUGCACGAUUUGCAAUAAAAGAGCCUUUUUUGAUCUUGUUAUCAUAGGGUGAGGAGUUAUGUUUCUAUUUGUAUUGUCGGUUUGAUUAUUGAUUCUAUUUUUAGUUUUUAUUUCAACUUUUUCCUUUUCUUUUUCAUUAUUUUCGUCGUUUGGUUCACUUGUUUCAUUCACCUCUAGAGGGAAUAAUUUAUUUAUGGGUCUAACUAAUUUCUUAUUUCCAAUUAAUAUUUUUGCACUUCGAGAGGGUAUCCCGUCUAACUCAAUUAUUUUUCCUAAAGUCCAAGAAUUUCUUGGUUGUCCUUCCUGUUGUACUACUACGACUUCUCCGAUCGCUGGAUCUCUUUUUAUAGAUGUCCGCGGAUUUUGGUGUGUCCAUCCUGACUUUUCACGUAAAACUAAUAAGUAUUCUUUUGACCACCUAUUCCAAAACCGUUCUAAUGCUUUCCUAAGGGUGUUACAUUUUUCUCUCAGUUGGUCUGCUCCACUUAAUCUUCCUGUUUUAUAUUCUUCAUCUAAAUCUUCUGUUUCUUCGAUUAAGUGUGUAUUAUUAUCAAUAUUGGGUAUUAUGAAAUCUACAGGUUUAAGAACUGAAAAUCCUUCACUUUCAGUCGACACAUAAGUUAAAGCAGGGCUCUCAUCGACAAAAUGCCACUCAAAAGUAUCAAAAUCUUGAUA